UUAUUCAAAUGCUGCUGUACCUAUAAAAAGAGUGCCUGUGUGCGUCAGAUAGUUUUCUCCAAUGGGUAAAGGUGACUAAAUACUAGUUGUCUCUUUCGCCGGCCUAGUCGCAUCCUAUCGGCAGGGGAAGAGAUGAUGCACGACUCUGGCGGUGUCCAAAUGGCGAGGGCGCUGAAGCAUGCAGCCCUGUGCCUGAUGCUGCUGCCCCGGUUCCUCCUGGCCGCUGUCAUGCUGUGGCUCCUGGAUUUCUUGUGCAUUAGGAAAAAAGUGCUGCUGAAAAUGGGAGAGAGGCAGGACAGCCAAGACGACCCGCCGGUGUGCGUCUCUGACUCAAAUAAGAUGUUCACCUUGGAGUCCCUCAGGGCCGUGUGGUACGGCCAGAAAUUGGACUUUCUCAAAUCGGCGCACCUCGGGCGCACUGCGCCCAACACUGAGGUGGUGCUGGUCCAGGAGCGGAGGCAAGUCAGGAUCCUGGACUGCAUGAAAGGGAAGAGACCGCUCAUUCUUAACUUUGGCAGCUGCUCCUGACCGCCAUUCAUGACGCGCCUGGCGGCGUUUCAGCGCGUCGUGAGCCAGUACGCAGACAUUGCGGACUUUUUAGUUGUAUAUAUCGAGGAAGCGCAUCCGUCGGACGGCUGGGUGAGCUCGGACGCGCCGUAUCAGAUCCCUACGCACCGCUGCUUGGAGGACAGACUGAGAGCCGCUCAGCUGAUGCUCACCGAGAUGCCCGGGAGCAACGUGGUGGUGGAUAAUAUGGACAACUCGUCCAACGCCGCGUACGGAGCCUACUUUGAGAGACUUUACAUCGUCAGGGAUGCGAGAGUGGUGUAUCAGGGGGGCAGAGGUCCAGAGGGAUACCGGAUUUCCGAGCUUAGAAACUGGCUGGAGCAAUACAGGAACGAUCUGGUGAAUUCCCAAACAGCGGUGCUCCAUGUGUAGUUGAAGAUGCUGAACUGCCUGCUGCUCUACCCAUUCUGCUUAAGUGUCCAACCCACAGUGCAAAAUAUCCAGAUGCUGCUAUCAAAUGUUCACACACGGCACAUUACGUUGUUUUUCUUGCAUAAAGAUAUUCAGGACUGUUUGACAAAUAGCCUAAAGUCAUGUUGAAGCCUGUAUCUAGGCAGUAGGCUGGUAUACUGUGCUUGUCUUGACCUUAAUUGAUUGCUCAUAGCGAUUUUCUUUAAUUUUUGUAUGAAAAAGUCUUGAAUCAGUUGAAACUGGAUUCAAUUAGUGAUCACUCUAUUUUUCUACAGUACUGGUGUGUGUGUGUGUGUGUGUGUGUGUGUGUGUGUGUGUGUGUGUGUGUGUGUGUCAGUGUGCGCGUGUGCGUGUGCUCGCGCGCGCGUCCAGCCUAAUAUCUCACUCCGGUGUUUCUAUGAAGUUCGGUUUUUAAAAGGCGCAGCCAGAAAACCGACACUGAUGCAUCUGACACCGGGAGCGGGUUCAUAUUAGCAGGAUGCCUUCCUCGACGAUGGGUCGCCAAACGAUGUAAUGUUGAAACGAUGUAACUGAACAAAUGUUUUUAAUAAAUGUCAGAUCACACAUU